AUGAGUUCUGCCGCAAGCAAAGCUUGGAUUGUGGCAGCUAGUAUUUUUGCAGUGGAGGCACUAAAGGACCAAGGUAUCUGCAGGUGGAAUUACACUAUAAGGUCACUACAACAACAUGCCAAGAGCAAUAUCAGAUCAUUUACUCAAUCAAAGAUCUUGGCCUCUUCCUCUUCCUCUAGAUCUUCAUCACCAACAACAGCAGCUGCAGUGCUGUCUAAUGAGAUCAGAAAGGCCAAUAUGAAGAGAAGGGAGAAAUCUUUGGAGAAAAGUUGCCAAAUUAGCAAUGUAAUUGCAGACCAAUUGAUCCAAGAGAAUCCACGAUGGAAUGAAUUGUUCGAUUUAUUAGACCCAAAAUUGUAG